UAAUCAGAGGAAGAAGAGGUAGGUUGCGCAACUUGGCAAUAUGGCGGCGUCCGUGAGGCUCUUGGUCCGUCGCCUGGUUCGCCUUUCCCACAAAAGCGUUACCUCUUCAGCUGCCACUGUUUCAUGCCGCCCAGGCUGUUGUUUGGGCCCGUCUUCCUCUCGCUGCUUUAGCGACGCAGCAGAGGACAGAAGCACACACUUCGGGUUUGAAACGGUGCCCGAGGCAGAGAAGGCGAAGAGAGUCUACAAGGUGUUUGAGAAUGUGGCACAGAAAUAUGACGUCAUGAAUGAUGCCAUGAGCCUUGGCGUUCAUCGGCUGUGGAAGGACAUGCUUCUGCACGUCAUGCACCCGCAGCCUGGCGCUCGGCUCCUCGAUGUGGCCGGUGGAACAGGCGACAUUUCUUUUCGUUUCCUGGACUACGUUUCGUAUCAGCAAGAGAGACGGAAGCGGCGAGCAGCGGGUUCCAGCCAGACCCCGUCAUGGCAGGACAUUUCUGACAAGUAUCCCACUGAUGACAGGCCCCAGGAGUCCAGGGCCGUCGUUUGUGACAUCAACAAGGAGAUGCUGAAAAUGGGCAAACAGAGAGCAGACAGCAUGGGCAUCACAUCUGGGCUGUCAUGGGUGGUGGGAGAUGCAGAGGAGCUGCCCUUUGAUGAUGACCAGUUUGAUAUUUACACCAUCGCCUUUGGCAUUCGAAACGUCACCCAUAUCGAUCAGACCCUUCAAGAGGCUCUGCGUGUCCUGAAGCCUGGUGGAAGAUUCAUGUGCUUAGAGUUCAGCAAAGUGACCAAUCCUGUUCUUGCAAAACUUUACGAUGCGUACAGCUUCCAGGUCAUCCCAGUUUUAGGAGAGGUGAUCGCUGGAGACUGGAAGUCAUAUCAGUAUUUGGUGGAGAGCAUUCGCAAGUUCCCUGAUCAGGAGGAGUUCAAAGGAAUGAUUGAAGAUGCAGGUUUCUUCUGUGUGCGGUACUUCAACUUCACAGGUGGAGUGGUGGCUCUUCACUCGGGUUUCAAGCUGUGAGCUGCACUCUAAAUGCUUCCCAUAGGAAGACCAAAAAAAAAAAAAAA